CCUGACCAUGGGGUUCUAUCAUUAGGCUGUGGCUCACCUGCCGUCCAGCCUGUCAUCACCGGCUACGCCCGCAUCGUCAACGGUGAGGAGGCCGUGCCCCACUCCUGGCCCUGGCAGGUGUCCCUGCAGGACUACACUGGCUUCCACUUCUGCGGUGGCUCCCUGAUCAAUGAGAACUGGGUCAUCACUGCUGCCCACUGUGUUGUGAUGACUUCUCACCGUGUCAUUCUGGGAGAGCAUGACCGCUCCUCCAAUGCUGCGGAUAUUCGGACCAUGAAGGUCGGAAAGCAAAAGUAGGCCUUUUAACCGGUCUUCAAGCACCCCAAAUACAAUGGUUUCACCAUCAACAACGACAUCACCCUGAUCAAGCUGGCCAGCCCCGCUCAGAUGGGUCUCCGUGUGUCCCCUGUGUGUGUUGCUGAGACCGGUGACAACUUCCCCGGUGGCAUGAAGUGUGUGACCUCUGGCUGGGGUCUGACCCGCUGUAAUGCCCCCGACACCCCCGCCCUGCUGCAACAGGCUGCUCUCCCUCUGCUGACCAAGUCCAGCGUUUCAGCGCCAGCAAGAUCACCAACCCUGGUCCUCAGGGAACCCCUGUCCUGCAUUUUUAAGAUGUUUCUUGGCUCCGACACACCUAAUUCAAAUGCAUGGUGA